AUGUUAAACCUGAUAAACUAUCGGCUCCGCAUUACACUGGCAGAUUCACGUGUUCUAACGGGGCAAAUGUUGGCGUUUGAUAAACAUAUGAAUCUCGUGUUAGCCGACUGCGAAGAAUUCCGUAAAAUUAAACCGAAAAGUGGAGCUAAAGUGCCUCAGGGGCAGCCGGAGCAAGAAGAAAAACGGACGUUGGGAUUGGUGAUAUUGCGCGGAGAGACUAUUGUUAGUUUGAGCGUUGAAGGGCCACCUCCACCAACUACUGAUGAUUCUAAAACUAAAUUGGCACAGCUUCCAGGUGGUCCUGGUAUAGGACGACCGGCUGGACGAGGAUUACCUGUCGCACCACCGGGUAUAGCACCUGCAGGACUUACCGGACCCGUUCGUGGAAUUGGUGGUCCAGCACCAGGAAUGAUGCAACCGAGGGGUCCAGCCGCGCCAGCAGCAUCGGCUGCCCCAAUAUCAUAUGGUCGUCCACCGAUUCAAGGACAAAUUCCACCAGGCAUGCCAGGUAUGACAAGGCCUGGUAUGCCGGGUGGUCCUCCACCAAUGGCGUAUAGACCAGGCAUGGGUCCACCUCCAGGUAUGCCAGGUGGUGUUGGACUUCCGCCGGGUUAUCGACCUCAAGGUGCUGCACCACCUCCAGGAAUGAGACCACCGAUGGGAAUGCCUGGUGCUCCUCCACAAUAUCCUCCUCAAGUUGGCCGUGGCGGUCCGCCUCAGGCUUAUCCAGUACCCGGUCAAGCGCCCCCACAAGGAUUCCGACCACCUCCACAAAUGCGUCCUCCACCCGGUGGAUCUCAACAAGGUCAAGGCCGUGGUGGUGGCGGCGGCAGCAGUGGACAAUAA